AUGCAGUCCGUCCCAGAGUCACGCCAGCAGACCUUCGAGGAGAUCUAUGGCCCCCCAGAGAAUUUCCUCGAGGUUGAGGUGCGCAACCCUCAAACCCAUGGCACAUCCCGCAACAUGUACACCUCCUACGAGAUCGUCUGCCGAACCAACAUACCCGCCUUCAAGCUGAAGCACUCCGUCGUGCGCCGCCGCUACUCCGAUUUCGAGUACUUCCGUGAUAUUCUGGAGCGUGAGAGCACACGCGUGACUAUCCCCCCUCUGCCGGGCAAGGUUUUUACCAACCGAUUCAGUGACGAUGUCAUUGAGCACAGACGUGAGGGACUUCAGCGGUUCCUGCAGAUUGUUGCGGGUCAUCCGCUGCUGCAGACGGGAAGUAAGGUGUUGGCGAGUUUCAUACAGGAUCCGAACUGGGACCGCAAUGCAUGGUAG